GUAGUUGGGAAUUUCAUGUGCAUUUACUUAAGGAAAUGGGUUGCAAUUUGUCUUUACAAAUACUCCUGCAUCAAUAAUCACACCCACUAACACAGUUCAUCCUUUAUUUAACUACUUCACUAAAAGCAGCCAAAAUGGAAAAGGCAUUCCUUGCUGGUGGUUGCUUGAUUAGGUUCUAGCCAAUCCUCUUUUCUCUUGGUUCCAAAGCAAGCUAUAUUAUAAAAAAAUAGCAGUUUGUUUAUAAAUAUACAAAGAACUACUUGUUUUUGUCCAUCCAGUAGUAGCCUAUAGUACCAUUUCCAGAAUUACCAGUUCUUAGAAAGUAAUACCAAUCCCUUAUUUUGCUGUAUAAUUAAAAAAGAACUACGUAUUUUCAAUUGUUUUAGUAACGAAAACCGUACAUUCAGCGACGUAUGGUGGCUGUGUAGGGAGCUCAAAACAAUGUUGUCAAGAAUUGUAUUUUUGUUUGUGAUCAUUCUCAACAAGUAUGUCAGUAGGGCUUCUGACCCAGAUCCUGUCCAGGACUUCUGUAUACCGAUUACCAAACCUGCAAGCAGUGUCAUCCAGUGCAAGAAUUUUUCUACUGUGACAGUUGAAGAUUUUGUAUAUUCUGGCAUUAAGGAGCGUGGAGAGUUUGGCCAAACCGGGCUUUCUUCCACUGCGGUGAACUCUAAUGUCUUCCCGGGACUGAACACACUUGGUAUGUCAUUGGUGAGAGCUGAUUUUGAAGUUGAUGGCAUUAAUGUCCCACAUUUCCAUCCAAGAGCAACUGAGAUAGCAUAUGUACUUAAAGGGAAGGUUUAUUCGGGAUUUGUCGAUACAAAUAACAGGGUUUUUGCUAAGGUGAUUGGACAAGGUGAUGUUAUGGUGUUUCCAAGGGGUCUAGUGCACUUCCAAAUGAAUGUUGGAGAUACUCAAGCUACUAUACUUGGGAGUUUUAAUAGCCAGAAUCCUGGAUUGCAGAGAAUUCCUACUGCGGUUUUUGGAUCUGGAAUUAAAGAUGAGCUUUUGGAGAAGGCUUUUGGGUUGAGUUCUAAGGAGAUUUCUAAGUUGAAGAAACGGCUUGCUCCUCAUAGAUUGAGCUAAAAGGGAAGAGCUCAUUUUUGUUUCUAUUUUAUUUUAUUUUUCAUUAUACAUUAUUCUUGGAAGUUACAAAAAUGAUCAAAUUAAGUUUGGAAGUACUAUAUUCUUUUUGAGCUAAAUUUGAUUGCUGCAAUUCAUGAAUCUAAAAACAGAUGCAACAAGCAUGUAUUCAAUGCUCAUUAGAAAAGAUCUUCAAGUUAUGAGAUUGGUGGGCGAAUUAAUGAGAAUUUUAAUCUUGUUUCAA